AUGCCGUCCUUGUUGGCUGUGAUUGCUGCCGGAUACCUGGUUUCCUUCGGUUUUAGCGUUGCUACCGAACUUCCAGCCGCAGCUCAGCUCAUUGAUUGGAAAAGCUUCAAUGUCCUUGAGAACGUGCCCCCUCCCGCUGAGGCCAAUGACUCAACGCUCUUCCUUUGGCCUGGUGUUACCAAAGAGUCCCUGGAAGCUAAGCCAUUUCACAUCUACGACAACGAGUUCUACGAUGUCAUUGGACAGGAUCCCUCGUUGACUCUCAUUGCUACUUCUGACACCGAUCCUAUUUUCCACGAAGCCGUCGUCUGGUAUCCUCCUACUGAGGAGGUCUUCUUCGUUCAGAAUGCCGGUGCUCCUGCGGCAGGCACUGGUUUGAACAAGUCAUCCAUCAUCCAGAAGAUCUCACUUGAGGAGGCCGAGGCGGUGCGCAAGGGUCUCAGGAAUGCGGCCAACGUCACGGUUGUGCCUUCCAACCCGCAAGUCAUCAACCCCAACGGUGGUACGAAUUACAAAGGCAACAUCGUCUUUGCUGGCGAGGGACAGGGCGCCAACAUCACUUCUUCCCUGUAUCUCAUGAACCCGGUGGCCCCAUUCAACACUACAGUUCUCUUGAAUAACUACUUCGGCCGUCAGUUCAACUCGCUCAAUGACGUUGUGAUCAACCCCCGGAAUGGAGAGCUGUACUUCACCGACACGCUCUACGGGUUCCUGCAAGACUUCCGCCCUCCUCCAGGCCUUCGCAACCAAGUCUACCGCUACAACUUCCAGACCGGCGCUGUCGCUGUCGUUGCCGACGACUUUACUCUGCCCAAUGGCCUUACCUUCUCCCCCGACGGCCUGAAGGCGUACGUCACCGACACCGGCAUUGCUCUUGGGUUCUACGGCCGCAACCUCUCUUCGCCCGCCUCCGUCUACUCAUUCGACGUAAACGAAGACGGUACCUGGCAGAACCGCAAGACAUUUGCGUACACAGCUUCCUUCAUCCCUGAUGGUGUCCACACUGACUCUGUUGGUCGCGUGUAUGCUGGCUGUGGCGACGGUGUUCACGUCUGGAACCCCUCCGGCAAGCUGAUUGGCAAGAUUUACACAGGAGCUGUUGCUGCGAACUUUCAGUUUGCUGGGAAGGGCCGGAUGAUCAUCACCGGGCAGACCAAGCUGUUCUACGUUACUCUCGCCGCUUCCGGUGUAGAGCUGCAAUAG